UUUUAAAAUCAGAGCAGACGUUUAGUCAAAUUUAAAUUUAAAACAUCAAACACCGUUAGCAGCAACCGUUAUCUACUUCUAGUAUUGAUACUCGCACUUAAAUGUCUCGCAUUGGCAUUAACGGUUUCGGACGGAUCGGGCGUCUCGUUUUGCGUGCGGCCAUCGAAGAUUGCGCCUUCGUAGUGGCCAUCAACGAUCCCUUCCUCAAUCCCCACUACAUGGCGUACCUCUUCAAGUAUGAUUCGACACACGGACGAUUUCCGGGGGAAAUCACCGCUGAGGACGAUUGCAUUAUCGUUAAUGGCACGAAAAUACCCGUCUUCAAUCAAUCCGAUCCAGCAACCAUCAAUUGGGCCAGCGCUGGUGCCGAAUACAUUAUAGAAGCAACAGGCGCAUUUUUGACAAUGGAAAAGGCUGCGGCGCAUUUUGUUGGCAGCGCACGUAAGGUCAUCAUAACAGCGCCCUCCCCAGAUGCGCCCAUGUUCGUGGUGGGUGUAAAUCUAGAGUUGUACGACAAGGAAAUGCGCAUCGUCUCGAUGGCUUCAUGUACAACCAAUUGCCUGGCGCCACUUGCCAAGGUAAUACAUGAGAAUUUCGAGAUUGUUGAGGGUCUGAUGACAAACGUACAUGCAAUAACGGCUACACAGAAAGUCGUGGACGGACCGAGUGGCAAGCAGUGGCGUGAUGGACGCGGCGCCUCGCAAAAUAUAAUACCCGCUACAACGGGCGCAGCGAGAGCGGUUGGUAAAGUUAUUCCCUCAUUGAAUGGUAAGCUAACGGGCAUGGCGUUGCGUGUGCCAGUGGCUGAUGUGUCGGUGGUAGAUCUGACGGUGCGCCUGAACAAGCCUGCACCAUAUGAGAUUAUCAAAAGGAAGAUCAUGGAAGCGGCUAGUGGUCCACUCAAGGGCAUACUCGCCUACACCGAAGAUGAGGUGGUGUCGUCGGACUUUCUGCACGACUCUCAUUCUUGCACUUUCGAUGCAAAGGCGGGCUUGUCCUUAAAUGAUAAGUUCGUGAAGCUGAUCGCUUGGUAUGACAAUGAGUAUGGCUAUUCCAGGCGCGUCAUCGAUCUCAUUCGGUUUAUGCAGAAGAAGGAAUAAAUGUGUAGAAGGAGAAAAGCAGCGCCCUGGGGGUGAAAUUUGUGCUUGAUUGUAUUCAAUUUGUAUUGAAAUUUGUAUUGAAAUUAAAUGCUUUUGAUUGUAAAGAAGGCAAAAGGUAAA